AUGUGUCUCUGUACGCAGUACGAUUCUGCAACCUGCGGUCAUUCGUGGAUCUCCAUGAGCCAACCUUGCGGAUUCUGCAGCGACCUCCUCAAUUGCCCUCGCCGACAGACUGUCCAGACUCUCAUCGCACCACCGAUGACCUGCCCUCAGUGCAACGGCGGAUUCUGUGAUGGGGAGACUAUGCAAAUGAUCCAAGGUCCUUGGGGGUGCAAUCAACUCAUUAGAAGUCACUGGGGCGGCAGCGAGGUGAUUCCGGGAUAUUGGGGCGGUGCGCAGCUCCAACAGCAGCACUGGGGUCCGCGUCCGAUGAUACCCGGCGAUUGGUGUGGCGACUAUAGGCUCUCUGGGCCGUAUGGGAGCAGCAGCCGCUUGAUG